GUGGAUUGCACGUGUGCACCAGGGAGCUGCCAUGGACUCUCUGCUCCUACCUGAGGCUGUGGGAAUUGAUGGGGCCCCGGAGGUGUCAGUCACCAUGCAACCGAAGAGGAAGAUGUCCCUGUGCAGCUGUGAGACCUGUGGAGGUGAAGAAGCCAGGUAUAAAUGCCCCCGCUGUAUGAAGUACUCAUGCAGCUUACCCUGUGUAAAAAAACACAAAGUGGAGUCUGCGUGCAACGGGGUCCGAGACAAGACGGCCUUUGUGGCCUUAAAUACAUUCAGCGACAUACACCUGCUGAACGAUUAUCGUUUUCUGGAAGAUGCCGGAAGGGUGUCUGACUGCACUUCAAGAGACACAUCGUUGUUGCGACACACAACUAAUAAAUUUUUGAACGUCUUAAAGAGUAAAGCUCGGAAACAUGACAUAGAUCUGAAAAUUCUGCCAAUUGGGUUUUCAAAAAGAAGAGCAAAUUCUACAUUUUAUAACAGAAAAGAGCAGAAAUUUUACUGGCACUUGAAGCUUGUGUUUCCUCACUGUCAAGCAGAAUUCACAGAUAAGAGGGUUCCAGAUGACAGAACACUUGGCGAGAUUCUGAAAAAUUACAUUGAUCCGACACAGUCCGAUCCAACCAUUCGACAAAGGUUAAAGGAGUAUGUGGGAUCUCCUUGUGAUGUAAAGGUCUUUAUGGAAGCAGAAAAGAAGGAGCCUGGUCCAAAGAGGUAUUAUGAGCUGGAUAUCAGUAGAAGUCUGAGAGCGAAUCUCCAGAAGAAGACAGUAGUUGAGUUUCCAACUUUGUAUGUGACGUUGAAAGGCUUCAGCAAAGACAUGGUGUUGGUGGAUCAAGUGGAGAAAAAUGUCCCCUUCCCAAUGGUGUUGAGAAUGCAACCCUUGCAGACCGCUUACAAGAUCAUCGAUGUCAUGUCGUUGGCUCUGCUAAGUGGUGUAGGACCUGGUACUAUGCAGGCACCAUAA